AUGGCUUCGUCGAUGCCAAUCCCUGACGGUGUUAGCGAGGCAGAUUACGUCGGGGCAAUGACCGGCCGCCCAUUAGAGCUUGUGAAGUGCGACACAAACAAUUUAUGUGUUCCGGCCAACGCGGAGAUCGUUUUCGAGGGUACCUUGUCUGUUACCGAACUUGGAGAUGAGGGGCCCUUUGGUGAGAUGCACGGAUAUGUCUUUCAAGGAGACACCCACAAGUGGCCCGUCUAUAAGGUGGACAAGAUCACUUACCGGACCAAUCCGAUUAUGCCCAUGUCUGCUUGCGGGCGUCUCACAGAUGAGACACAUACCCUGAUUGGAGCUCUUGCUGCCGCGGAGAUUCGCAAGGUCUGUCAGAACGCUGGCCUGCCCAUUACCGAUACGUUCGCUCCAUUUGAAUCUCAGGUCACCUGGGUUGCGCUCGCGGUUGACACUUCGAAGCUUCGCCAAUUGAAAUGGACGCCUAAGGAGUUCCAGAAGAAGGUUGGAGAUGUUGUGUUCGCUCAUAAAGCUGGCCACACCAUCCACCGUCUUGUUCUUGUGGGCGAGGAUAUCAACGUAUAUGAGGGGAAGGAUGUCAUGUGGGCAUUUUCGACUCGCUGUCGACCUAAUGCCGACGAAACCUUUUUCGACGAUGUCGAUGGCUUCCCACUGAUUCCGUACAUGUCCCAUGGUACUGGACCCCCGACUCGAGGGGGAAAGGUUGUGUCAGAUGCGCUGAUGCCUUCUGAAUAUUCGAAAGGUGCGGAUUGGCAGGCUGCCGAUUUUGAACAUUCAUAUCCAGACAAGCUUAAAGAGAGCGUUCGUAGUAGAUGGACGUCGUUUGGUUUUUCGAGUUUAGAUUAG